UACUUUUGUCUAACUGGGUGAAAGGUAUUAGAAACUAGUUUUAAUUUACGUCAUCUGUUUGUUUAUUGAUUUAGACAUCUAGGUGACCCUAAAUACUGCAAGGGAAUUGUGAAAUUUUUUAUAGCAUUUUUUAAAUGCUCGUUUGAAUCUCAAAAAGUGAAUUGUGAUGUUUGACUUUUAAAACAAUAAGGAAGUGGCUUUGCAGCUAAACAAAGUGGGAUUAUAGUGUCUUGAUGUAGUGUCUAUCCUCUGUGAUCACAGAAACAAAUAUUUUGAAACACUUCAGAUAGCACACAGUACUUCUUGGAUGUGAUAACUUUUAUAAGCUUCUGUCUGGGUUUUAUCUUUUUCUCUCUUGCCCACUCUCCUCUUUGAAAUACCUACUUCCUAUGCUUGAGUUUUUUUGAACCGACCAGAGAAACUAGAAUUGACACUUUGCUGAAUAGCAAUGACCUCAGUAGUGAUCUAAAGGAAUGGAGUCAUGAGGGUCCAUGUCACCUCAAAAAGGGUCACACCAGCACCAUUGUGGUAAGGAGCAGAUGGUCAUGCUUGUCUUCAUAGUAAUUAAAUUUAAUCUAGAAAUACUCCCAUGGUUUAUCCCAAGCCCGAAGGCUUUGUUCUUCAAUAAGGAUCUAGUUUGUAAAAAUAAAACCAAAAUGAAGCUGUAUCAGUACAUCGUCAAUAGAAUAAAAAAAGAAGAAGAAAGGAAGUUUUCAUUACAAAUGUAACUGAGUAACAUACACUCCAUCACUUACAUAUCAUUCUACAUGUGUUUUCAUAGAUCACUGGUUGGAAACUACAAACUACAUACUUAGUUGCCAUUAAAAGGCAUAAACGCAAUUAUUUAAAGAAAAUAUGAUUGCCUGAUAAAUUCAGAAGAUAUGUUUACAUUAAUGCUGAUUAACAUAAUUCCUCUCAAAAAUCCGGUGAGAGUGUUCAUAGUAUGCUGCUCUCGUUAAGACAGACUUCCAUCCCCAGUCUUUCUACCCUCUCAGCUAUAAUCAGGGCUGUGCAUAUUUUUUUCCAGGAUAAAUAAUUACACUUUUCUAUGAGGAAAAAAAACCUGUUUCAGAUGGAUUUGAAUUGCUAAUGCUUUGCCAGUGACCAAAAACCUUAACAGAAAUGCUGUAAUGUUAAGUUGAGAUAGGACAAGGUAACCAUAGGGCAAUAGGACAAGUUAACAGGCUGCAUAGAUUGAAAUAGGACCAGGUGGUUAGUAGGGCUGGGAAGAUGCCUUAGCAGCGAAGAGCAUUGGCUCUUCUACAGGACCUGGGUUCAAACCUCGGGACACACAUGGUAGCUUGCCAGAGGCCUCCAGGGCCACUGCAUGUUUGUGAUGGAUAAACAUACACAAGCAGGCAAAACACCUAAACACAUUAAAUAAAAAUAACUCUUUAUUUAAAAAAAUGUUGAGCCUAGCAUAGUGGGAGCAUGACUUCAGCCCCAGUACUUAAGAGGCAGAGGCAGGUGGAUCUCUGUGAGUCUGAGGUCAGUCUAGUCUACUUAAUGGAUUCCAGUACAGUCAGGGUUAUACAGAGAGACCUGUCUUAAACGAACCAGCAAACAAACAGAUACAUAAAUAAAGGAGAUAAUAAAAGUAUUUAAAGAUGUGUAAAAGGUAGACGUUUUGUGUUGUCUUCCUUUUAGUUCAUAGAAGGUUUGAUCUGUUACAAUUACGUGUGGAUUUUUCACUUGUUGCAUAUUAAUUACACAUGCAUGUUUAUGGUGCCCAUGGUAGAAGACACCAACUAAAAACUGACUUCUUUUAGGGUUUAAAAAAAUCAGAUUAGGGUUGGGGAUUUAGCUCAGCGGUAGAGCGCUUGCCUAGCGAGCGCAAGGCCCUGGGUUCGGUCCCCAACUCCAAAAAAAAAGAAAAAAAUCAGAUUAAUAUAGUGAAAAAUACAAUGAACUAUUACUUAGUCUUUUUAAGGGGAAAUUUUUGAUACAGGAUACAGGAUGGAUGUACUUUGAGGACAUUAUGCUAAGUUAAAGAGGAGGAUAAAUGAUGGAUUCUGUAAGAAUCAUCCACUUAUGUGGAUUACCUAGGCAGUUAAAUUCAUAGAGACAGAAAGAAGAAUGGCACUUACAAGGGACUUGGAGAGGAAUAUGAGAAGCUACUGUGUAAUGGGCAUAGGGUUUUAGUUCAGAAGAUUGUUGGAUAAAAAUGCAAGAAUAUUUACUGGUAUUAAACUGUAUAUUUAAAACCGUCAAGAUGGUACACUCAUUCUACAUGCAUUUUUAUUACAAUUACAUUUUAAAAAAUCAGCUUAAAACAAUUAAAUGUAUUUAUCAUGAAUGAAUUUGCCUUUGGACCAAGUAUCAUAGCCUUGUUCUUUUCAGUUAUGAGGUUUUGCUGUUGUUGUUUUGUUUUGUUUUUCUAGAAUAAUUCAAUAACUUGCUUCUUUGGAGCAGUUUGCUUGUUUUUUUACUUGUAACUAAUGAUGCAAUUGCAUGGCUUUGAAGUUGAAUGAGGCAGGCAGGUACUUUGUGCUAAGGGCCAGAUUCAAGGUCUCUCUAGGGAAACUGCCCAAGCAAGAGAUUACUGGGGAGGUAGACUCAAGAGUUAACAACUCUGUCACAGUACCCUCUAUUAUAAAUGCUUGGGUUUUGACCCUUGGCUCUCUGAAACCACAUGGUCACAGGCCAUAUUGCCUGUCAUGGAGAAUUUGCUACGGGAAGCCCCGUGAAUUUCUCAUGAGUAAUUCAUUCUUAUGUAGUUUGUGGAAGUAAUAGUCUCAUACCACAUUCUCUUUGGAGAAAAAUGAUGUCAUCAAUGAACUCACUCCAAUUUUAGAGUGUUCAUUGCUAUGUUUAGAGAUAAUAGCAUAGAGCUAGAGCUCAUUGGGGUUGUGUACUCAGAAGAAGUUGCAGCUUAUCAAAUAGUGUUUUGUUUUGCUUUGUUUUUGAGCAUGUUAUUUAGAAUGGGUGGAUUCUUGGGCGUCUAGUCUUCAUGGAAGCCAAGUGAGAUGGAAUGUUAGAGGGGGAAAGGUUUAAAUUACAAGAGGCUCUAACAAUGACUUACUGUGAACACAGCCCAUCCUUGUCAGUGGAGUGAAGCUACUUCAUGACAGGAUUGCGCUCUCACAAUGCUCUGGUUGUGCACAAACUAUGGACAAGCAUCCAAAACCUUAAGAACAGAGUCAUAGAAAACAGCUCAUCUGCAGAGUAUCAAAGAGUUGAUUAUUGCUCAGGACAACUCUGUCUGACUAUAAUGAUCUAGCAAAUUCCGUGGGGGGAUUGCCGCAGUUUCGACGUUCUUGUGUUGCUUCAUGCAGAGAAGACAAAAUGAACUUGAGCUCUGAGUUACAUUAACUAGCUGCACAGCACCCAAACUGCCUGAACAGACACCAUUUGUUUUGAUGCUGGACAUUUCUGUGUGAUACAGGAAUUCCUAGGCAGACUCCAGAAAAGUGGGUGUCAAUUCACUUUGAGAGUCUAAUGUGAUGAUCUAGAUACUUUCUCUAUUCCUUAAUGCCUCCUUAUUAAUCAGAUCCUGCUCUCAAUAGUUGGGUGGCCAUGGCCAAAUUGCUAAACCAGUGUGGUGCUACUAUUUUAAAAUAGCGUUUGAAAGAUGAUUGUGGAUGGACUGAUGGAAUCGUAUUGGUUACUUAUGGAAGGCCUCUAGGAUGCAAUAAAUGUUCAGUGGAUGUGGGGGGAGCAGUCAAGAGCAUGGAAGUGACUCAACCAGUCUAUCAUUUUCCUUCGCCAUCCAGCAGAGGUCAAUUUUACAGGAUCUCCCUAAAAUGAAAAUGCAGCUUUAAAGCAUUCCUCAUUUUCAUGGUAUGGAAGACAUUGGGUUAGCAAUCUCCAUCCCAUCACAGUAGAAUCAGCUGGAACAUUCUAAAUCAGUGAGAUGGACUGGUGUGACUAGGUCUGGGUAAGAUCUGGAAAGUAUUUCAUAUCCAGAGUUCCCAAUAACUUUUAAAGACUAAACCACGUAAUCAACUGGAACUCUUUAUAAGGCACACAUUUUAAAUGGCAUCUGAGGAGGUUGGGUCCAGGCUCUUUGCAAACUUCCAAUCCCCUGACUCUUCCGGGAGCCCCCUGUACACGUUUGUCUGACUGUGUCCAGGCACCUGGGGCACUGGAUCUCCUGGAGACACGGAGGAGAGGUUCUCACCCAGAAUUAUACUGCCCUUCUUGGCCUGGGACUCUUGGAAAGGACUAGGUAGGAUCUGAAAUGUUCAUAGAUUCACAUUUUCAGGGGUGUGCAGGGAUGGGGAGAUGGAGGGCGGGGUGCUCAUUAAGUUGUGUUAUCCUUGUGGAGAGAUUUAAAAGGUAGGGGUGUGAAUAGAUAAAACCUUAAGAUUUCACUUAAUUUCUAAAUUCAGGGAGAGAAAUACCCAGUGAUUUUUACAAAUUCCGAAGUUCCAGGACAACUUAACUGACCCUCAAUCCAGACAUAGUCUGAUUCUCCAUGUUUAAUUGCUAGGAAGGGGGAGGGCCCACAGAACGGACCAGAAGAGAAAUAAAAUGAAGGGAUCCCUCAAAGAGUUGACAGCUAAGCGAAGCCUUUUACAUCGGUAGGGGAAAAACCACAGUAACGGGCACUGCACUCCGGCUGCACUCCUGGCAACUGACCCUGACACGGUUGAAAUAAAUUUCAACUUUUUAUCUUCCUUUGGAGAAAGAUAAGAAGGGCACACAGCUACAUGGCAGCAAGAAAACAUGACCCCUGGGCCAUUCGCCCGGGAUGAAAGGAUAAAGAACACUUCCUCUCCUGGGACGGCAGAGAAUGGGAAGUGCCUGCCUUCUCCUUGCUCAACAAUGCUUCAGGGAUAUUUUAUUCAGUAAUAUAUUUCACAAGUGCUUGAAUUUUUCAUUGUCAAUGCUAAAUCCAGGAAGAAUUCUGGAAGAAGAAAUGACUAGAUAUGCAUACUACUAUUCGGGACUAGGUGGUGGAGUUCUUUUGGCUGCCUAUAUCCAAGUCUCCUUCUGGACUUUGGCAGCUGGCCGACAAAUAAGGAAAAUCAGGCAAAAAUUUUUUCACGCCAUCCUUCGACAAGAAAUGGGCUGGUUUGAUAUCAAGGGCACCACCGAACUCAACACGCGGCUGACAGAUGACAUCUCCAAAAUCAGUGAAGGAAUUGGUGACAAGGUUGGAAUGUUCUUUCAAGCAAUAGCCACGUUUUUUGCAGGAUUCAUAGUGGGGUUCAUCAGAGGCUGGAAACUCACCCUCGUGAUCAUGGCCAUCAGCCCCAUCUUGGGGCUCUCUACAGCCGUUUGGGCAAAGAUACUCUCAACAUUCAGUGACAAAGAACUAGCUGCCUAUGCAAAAGCAGGUGCCGUGGCGGAAGAGGCUCUGGGAGCCAUCAGGACCGUGAUAGCUUUCGGGGGCCAGAACAAAGAGCUAGAAAGGUAUCAGAAGCAUUUAGAAAAUGCCAAAAAGAUUGGAAUUAAAAAGGCUAUCUCGGCCAACAUUUCCAUGGGCAUUGCCUUUUUGUUAAUAUAUGCAUCCUAUGCACUGGCCUUCUGGUACGGAUCCACUCUGGUUAUAUCAAAAGAAUAUACAAUUGGAAAUGCCAUGACAGUGUUCUUCUCAAUCCUCAUUGGGGCCUUCAGUGUGGGGCAGGCUGCCCCCUGUAUUGAUGCCUUUGCCAAUGCUAGAGGAGCAGCCUAUGUGAUCUUUGACAUUAUUGAUAAUAAUCCUAAAAUUGACAGUUUUUCAGAGAGAGGACACAAGCCAGACAGCAUCAAAGGAAAUUUGGAGUUCAGUGACGUUCACUUUUCCUACCCAUCUCGGGCUAAUAUCAAGAUCUUGAAGGGCCUCAACCUGAAGGUGAAGAGCGGGCAGACGGUAGCCCUGGUUGGCAACAGUGGCUGUGGGAAAAGCACAACUGUCCAGCUGCUGCAGAGGCUCUACGACCCCACAGAGGGUACGAUUAGCAUCGAUGGGCAGGACAUCCGGAACUUUAACGUCAGGUGUCUAAGGGAAUUCAUCGGCGUGGUGAGUCAAGAGCCGGUACUGUUCUCUACCACGAUUGCUGAAAAUAUCCGCUAUGGCCGUGGGAAUGUAACAAUGGAUGAGAUUAAAAAAGCUGUCAAAGAGGCCAAUGCCUAUGACUUCAUCAUGAAACUGCCACAGAAAUUUGACACCCUGGUUGGUGACAGAGGGGCGCAGCUGAGCGGGGGACAGAAACAGAGGAUCGCCAUUGCUCGUGCCUUGGUCCGCAACCCCAAGAUCCUCCUGCUGGACGAGGCCACGUCAGCCUUGGACACAGAAAGCGAAGCUGAGGUGCAGGCCGCUCUGGAUAAGGCCAGAGAAGGCCGGACCACCAUCGUGAUAGCUCACCGACUGUCAACUGUCCGGAAUGCAGAUGUCAUCGCUGGGUUUGAGGAUGGCGUCAUCGUGGAGCAAGGAAGCCACAGUGAGCUGAUAAAGAAGGAAGGGAUCUACUUCAGACUUGUUAACAUGCAGACAUCAGGAAGCCAGAUCCUGUCAGAAGAAUUUGAAGUUGAGCUAAGUGAUGAAAAGGCUGCUGGAGGUGUGGCCCCAAAUGGCUGGAAAGCACGCAUAUUUAGGAAUUCUACGAAGAAAAGUCUGAAAAGUUCACGGGCGCAUCAAAAUAGGCUGGAUGUGGAAACCAAUGAACUUGAUGCAAACGUGCCACCAGUGUCUUUUCUGAAGGUCUUAAGACUGAAUAAAACAGAGUGGCCCUACUUUGUGGUGGGGACACUCUGUGCCAUUGCCAACGGGGCCCUCCAGCCGGCAUUCUCCAUCAUCCUGUCAGAGAUGAUAGCUAUCUUUGGCCCUGGGGAUGACACAGUAAAGCAACAGAAGUGUAACAUGUUCUCGCUGGUCUUCUUGGGCCUAGGAGUCCUCUCCUUCUUUACUUUCUUCCUUCAGGGUUUCACAUUCGGGAAAGCUGGCGAGAUCCUCACCACAAGGCUCCGGUCCAUGGCCUUCAAAGCAAUGCUAAGACAGGACAUGAGCUGGUUUGACGAUCAUAAAAACAGUACUGGUGCCCUCUCUACAAGACUCGCCACAGACGCUGCGCAGGUCCAAGGAGCCACAGGAACCAGGUUGGCUUUAAUUGCACAGAACACAGCCAACCUUGGAACGGGUAUUAUUAUAUCAUUUAUUUACGGUUGGCAACUGACACUUCUGCUCUUAUCAGUUGUUCCAUUCAUUGCUGUAGCGGGAAUUGUUGAAAUGAAAAUGUUGGCUGGCAACGCCAAGAGAGAUAAAAAGGAGAUGGAAGCUGCUGGAAAGAUUGCAACAGAGGCAAUAGAAAAUAUUCGGACUGUUGUAUCCUUGACCCAAGAGAGAAAAUUUGAGUCAAUGUAUGUUGAAAAAUUACACGGACCUUACAGGAAUUCAGUGCGGAAGGCUCACAUCUACGGCAUCACUUUUAGCAUCUCACAAGCAUUCAUGUACUUUUCUUAUGCUGGCUGCUUUCGAUUUGGUUCUUACCUCAUUGUGAAUGGACACAUGCGCUUCAAGGAUGUCAUCCUGGUGUUCUCAGCAAUCGUGCUUGGUGCAGUGGCUCUAGGACAUGCCAGCUCAUUUGCUCCAGACUAUGCAAAAGCCAAGCUGUCUGCAGCGUACUUAUUCAGUCUGUUUGAAAGACAACCUCUGAUUGACAGCUACAGCAGAGAAGGAAUGUGGCCGGAUAAGUUUGAAGGAAGCGUGACAUUCAAUGAAGUUGUGUUCAAUUAUCCCACCCGGGCCAAUGUGCCAGUGCUUCAGGGGCUGAGCCUCGAGGUGAAGAAGGGGCAGACCCUGGCCCUGGUGGGCAGCAGUGGCUGCGGGAAGAGCACCGUGGUCCAGCUGCUCGAGCGCUUCUACGACCCCAUGGCCGGAACAGUGCUCCUCGAUGGUCAGGAAGCAAAGAAACUCAAUGUCCAGUGGCUCCGAGCUCAACUUGGCAUUGUGUCCCAGGAGCCCAUCCUGUUUGACUGCAGCAUCGCCGAGAACAUCGCCUACGGAGACAACAGCCGUGUCGUGUCUCAGGAUGAGAUUGUGAGGGCGGCCAAGGAGGCCAACAUCCACCCCUUCAUUGAGACACUGCCCCAAAAGUAUGAAACAAGAGUAGGAGACAAGGGGACACAGCUCUCUGGAGGCCAGAAACAGAGGAUUGCUAUCGCCCGAGCCCUCAUCAGACAGCCUCGGGUCCUACUGCUGGAUGAAGCCACGUCGGCUUUGGACACUGAGAGUGAAAAGGUCGUCCAGGAAGCGCUGGACAAAGCCAGGGAAGGCCGCACCUGCAUUGUGAUCGCGCACCGCCUGUCCACCAUCCAGAACGCAGACUUGAUCGUGGUGAUCGACAACGGCAAGGUCAAGGAGCACGGCACCCACCAGCAGCUGCUGGCCCAGAAAGGCAUCUAUUUCUCCAUGGUCAACAUUCAAGCUGGCACACAGAACUUAUGAACUUGUUACAGUAUAUUUUUAAAAUAAAUUCCAAUCGUUUUUUUCACUUUA